AUGGCAGCGCCGCAUUCAUCAGAAGCAAAUCGGGAUAUCAUAAAUGUUUUCACACAUGUUGCUUGCAAGCCACCCCAUGUACAUUCGGAUCCACGUAUCUGCGAAUUUUUCACUUUUCAGAAGAGCAUUAAAGAUCAUCAGAUUAAAUUCGUUGUGAUUUUUAUUGCUUUAUCAAAUGAUCGUUUAAUUGCAGCCGAACAAGAAUCAGUGGCUGUGGAUAACGAGCAAAUUGUCGGGUCACCCGUUAUUGAAAGUUUAUCGGAUUUUUUAUUAUCGUCAGGAUCUCUUCAGGCAACAUCCUCCUCAGCUGCUUCGCGUCGCCAAACAUUGCCACGUCGAAGUCUUAUAGCUUCAGCAUUUCGUUUCAUGUCCACAGCCUCCAAAGCAUUUUCAAAAACUACGGGUUUACCAUUGAAUUCUAGUCCUGCACCGUUCGGCCGCAGCGAGAAAAAAUUUCCAGGAAAGCGUUCAGUAAUGGAUGGCAGAACGGACAUGGCUGAAGAAGCCGAAACAACAAAAAUGGACACACGAGCGGAUUUGUUGCGGAGCGUCUCGGCGAAUACGGAGGACAGUGGGACGAGCGAUAAUGAGAGCAUUUGCACGAAGAGAAGCGCAUCCUCGAGCAGUGGCUUACUGUGUAAUUUCGAGGAAAGUGCGCUGAACGGUCGACUGGAGCCUGCGGCCUCCUUAGACGGGUUUCAGUUACAGAUCACAGCCAGCGGUGCUACUUGUUCACCUCAUAUCAAACUGCCAGUUACAACAUUCUUUUUCGAAAUGCCUGAAGAUGAAGCGCCUUUACCAUAUCUGGGUCUCUGCUCACUGGAACAUAUGCGCAAAGGUUACAGGAUUCCUAAAAAAGGAAAUAUUCAAGCGGUGUUAUUUAAUCCUCAGGGAACAGUGGUACGAAUGUUCCUCGUUAAAUUCGAUGUAAGGGACAUGCCGCCUUCUUCACAAACCUUUCUCAGACAGCGUACGUUUUUUAUGCCAGUGGGUUGUCCGUUCGAUGAGGUGCAGCGUUCCUGGCUCAAAUAUCUCAUACAUCUCAGGUAA